GGCGUUCGUCUUCCCCGUCCCAAGCUCACCACACUGUCCGAGGGAUAAGCUGAGUCCACGAGAUCUCCCAUAGACCAGAGAGGAGGAAACAGGACCCGAUACUAGCGGCCGCCAUGAUGAUGAUGGGUGAAGGUGUGAGCGUCCCGCCGUGGUCCCACCUCCUAGUGAGCGGCGUUGAUGCUGGCGGCGCAGGCGACGAGAUGACGCCGUACCUGCUCGCCACGCUGCGGCAGUACCUGCCGUCCAACGACAUCGGCGUGGGCGCCGAAGACGAGGAAGAGGCGGCGGCGAUGGCCGCGGCCGUGGACGCGUACGCGUGCGACGAGUUCCGCAUGUACGAGUUCAAGGUGCGGCGCUGCACGCGCGGCCGCAGCCACGACUGGACGGAGUGCCCCUUCGCGCACCCGGGGGAGAAGGCGCGCCGCCGCGACCCGCGCAAGUACCACUACUCCGGCACCGCGUGCCCGGACUUCCGCAAGGGAGGGUGCAAGCGCGGGGACGCCUGCGAGUUCGCGCACGGCGUCUUCGAGUGCUGGCUCCACCCGGCGCGCUACCGCACCCAGCCGUGCAAGGACGGCACCGCCUGCCGCCGACGCGUCUGCUUCUUCGCUCACACCCCUGGCCAGCUGCGCGUCCUCCCGCCGCAGCAGUCUAGCCCGAGGAGUGCCGCCGCCUCGCCACUAGCGGAGUCCUACGACGGCUCCCCGCUGCGGCGCCAGGCGUUCGAGAGCUACCUCACCAAGAGCAUCAUGUCCUCGUCGCCGACAGGCACCCUGAUGUCGCCGCCCAGGUCUCCCCCGUCGGAUUCUCCGCCAUUGUCGCCGGACGGGGCGGCCGCCAUACGCCGCGGUUCCUGGCCCGGCGUGGGGUCCCCCGUGAGCGACGUCCUCGCCUCGCUCCGUCAGCUCCGCCUCAGCAAGGCGAACUCGUCCCCGUCCGGCGGGUGGUCCGGCUACCCCGCCUCCACUGUCGCCUACGGAUCGCCCACGGCUGGCGGGCUCUACAGCCUCCCAUGCACCCCGAGGGCUACGCCGACAAGCAUGGUCACCUCCGGCUUCAUGGCCAACUUCGAGCCACUUGACGUCGGCUUUAGCGGUGACGAGGAGCCAGUCCAGAGGGUGGAGUCGGGGAGAGCCCUACGCGCGAAGGUGUUCGAGCGCCUGAGCAGGGAAGGCGCUGUCUCAGGCGACGCCAGCGCCGCCACUUCCGGGGUCGGAGGCCCCGACGUCGGAUGGGUCUCCGAUAUCAUCAACUGAGGCGGCGGCUCGUUCGCUUAGUGAUCAAUCAGUAGGUGUGAGACCGUAAGAGAGAAGGAUCGCACCGAAAGAACUUUUUUGCUUCCCGUUUCUCCUAAUUCCCCUGUACAUAUCUAUCUCCCUUGUGAAUAUUCUUGGUUGGUAGAAGGGGAGCAAGAUGGAUGAAGGGGUGGAUUUGUUUUAGGGCUCUUGAGGUAGCAGAAAAUAUCCCAAAAAUAGAAAAAGAAGUGUAGAAAUGUAUUAGGUGGUGGGUGUUUCCUCUGUGCAUAGUGUGUGGAGGCGAAGCAUGGCAGCUGAUGGUGACGACCGAGGUGGAAGAUGGCCGGAUUUCCAGCGGGCACGGCUGCCGCCGGCGCUAGCUUAUUUCUGUGAUUCCGGGGUAUCCUAGGUUAAUGCUGUUUUGAUUUCGUCGUUUGUGCAUUAUGCAUCGACUAGUUGACGAUGAUUUCGAUUCC